AUGCGGAGUCACCGAAAUCCGGGCUGCUGGUGUCAAGCUUCUUGGGAUCCAUAAUCGCUUUUGGGGGAAAAGAUCAACCAGAAAAACAUCCGAAGGCUCCGUGUGCUGAUCAGCUGGAUCCCUUCUUGCUGAAGGAUAUGGCUGAGGGUAGAGAUGACAGAAGAAGUCGUCCUUCGAGUAAAAUGUUUGACAAUGAAACGAGGGCUCUCUGCAAUUGGAAGAGACUUGACCGCAAAAGAAAGUGCCACAGGAAGGGCAGCAAGGGGUACAACCAGCGCAAGGGCGUUUGUGGUCCGACUCGGAGCAGGAGCAGGAGCAGGAGCCGAGGCAGGAGCAGGCGCAGAUGCAGGAGCAAGGGCAGGAGCAGGGGUAGGAGCCGGGAACAUCGGUCCCAGACCAGCUGGAAGAAAAGGGAUCCAAAGGGCCGUAAUCCCCUGAAGCCUCUUCCAGCCAUGCCAUCCACUCAGUCCUGGGUCUCCUCGGUGGGGCUCACCGCAAGCAGCUCCGCCGAGAGCCGGUCUCGUAACCACACCGUUCCAAACGGGGGCAGGAAGGCGGCGCUCAAGCAUUGUUGCCGUUACUAUGAUGUGAAGGGAGUCAGUGUCCAUGAUGAGCUGUGUCCUUUCGAUCACGGCAGUGAGUCCAUAACAGUGGAUGACAGUGCAUCGCCCGUGAUGAACCCUUUACUGCCUUGGUCCAGCAUGUCCUUGCCACCCAUUACCACUCUGCCUGUUGGGGUCAGGAUGCCAGCAACUCCUCACAACCAGCCCCUACUGCCUGACCCGUUUCCUGGAUCUGGUCAGGAGUCCACGUCUGUGGCCACACCUCGAACCACAACAGCAGGCGGAAGGGCGAGAGGAGGCCCCUAG